AUGGCAACCUUCAUCACUCGAGCCAUUCUUGCCGAAAGUCUGGUGGCCGUCGACAGGCGCACUGCGUCUCCACCUCCCACCCCGAAAGGUGGAAAGCACCCCAAGAAAGCAGCGGCAGCUCAGAAGUCCAAACCCGACGCGGAAAAGACGCAGCUGAAGCACGAGGUAGCAGCCCUCGUCAAACACGAGCUAGAAGCAGACCUCUACCGCGUCGACACCAGCAUCGCCCGGUCCGAGUUCAUGCUGCAAGAGCUUCGACCUCUGGAGCUCGAGUUGGCGGAGAUGACGCGUCUUCUGUCCGAGGAUCACAAAGUCGAGCACGAAGACAGCUGUGACAACUGCGCGCUGAUGCGCCAGACGGACAUCUUGUUGCGGGAAUUUGAGCGUGAGGCUGGAUGUCGGCGCGAACUUGAUGAGAGCCUGGAGGAGUUGAAGGGGAGUAGAGCUGCUUUGGCGGGAUAG